GUCCCAUGUUAAUGAGCCCAGCACUGAAUGAAAGGAUGAAUAAAUCAUGGCUCAGAAAAUGCAUUUGAGGCUCCCGCUUUUCAGAGCCUCGUGUGUAUCUGUGUGUGUGUUGAUGGACCAGCGGAGCAUCGCAACAAACAUCAAAGCAGCUAGACAAAAGGGAUUCACUCUUAUAUGUUCUCCCCUUCUUAGGGCUGUGUGUAAGGUUAUAAUGACAGUGGUCUGAAAGAGAGAGAGCAAUCAAGGGAAAGAGAGAGAGAGAGAGAGAGAGAGAAGGGAGGGAAGGAGGCAGUCGGUACGAGGCACAGUAAGUGAGAGCCACAGUACACAGAGCAGCGUAAAAGACGAUGACGAGAGACGCACAGUGAAGGUGAACGGAAGAAUAAAUCACGAGGGAUUGUGAACAAACAGAAAGAAAACAGCACAUGCUGAGGGAACUGGAGUCCCAGAGAGGCAGCUGAGUCCGGCUCACGAUGAAAAGGAUCCGCUACGGACUGCAGGCAGGAGCUGUGUGAAUGGAAGAGACUGCAGAUCUGUAAAUAGCGGAGACAGAAGUGCAGGGGAUGGUUGGGCUGCAUGGGCUCUGUUGUUGGCAUCACUGCUGCUGUCCUACUCUGCCGCUACCCUUCCCCCUGCGCUCUGAACCCCUUCAACACACACAGAUAUGAGCUCCAAACACUCGUCUGACUGGAUCCCUUACAGCACCUUGGAUGAUGAGGGCACGAACCUGCGACAACAGAAGCUGGACAGACAGCGAGCUUUAUUGGAACAGAAGCAGAAAAAGAAACGUCAGGAGCCCCUGAUGGUGCAGUCUAAUCUGGAUGGGCGGUCUCGAGUACGCAGGACCCGGCAGUCGGAGGAACAGGCUCCCCUUGUGGAGAGCUACCUCAGCGGCAACAGCAGCAUCAUCUACCACGUACAAGAAGCGGAACAGGAAGAAGUUAAAGCCAUAGCAGAGGUUCAGGCCCCUCGCUCGGCUAAAAAAACCAAGGCGCCUACCUCCACUCCUCAGACUGGCAGCGCCAAGAAGGAGAAAAAGGGCAAGCACAAAGGAAUUGAUGGGCCCGCUGCCUUCCAGGAUGAGGGUCAGGAGCUGGGCAACCAGAUUCAGAUCCUGACAGUGGGCCACUCACCUGCCCAGGAGAGCGAGGCAGAGGGCCAGGGUGAGGCAGUGGGCAGCACACAGUCACAGGGCAAACAGGACCUACGGGUCACCAUGCUGAAGAAAGGAAUCUCCAGUAGCAUGAACUUUGAUGAAGAUGAUGAUGACGAUGAUAUGGUCAGCUCCAGUUCAUCUCAGCUCAACAGCAACACAAGACCUGGAUCUGCCACCAGCAAAAAGUCCAGCAAGGAGGCGACCUCAGCUUCCACCCCAUUGGCCAAUGAACCAUCCAUCGAUGUGGAUGACCUGGAGGAGUUCAUUCUCAGACCCGCACCCCAAGGGGUGACUGUGAAAUGCCGGAUCACACGGGAUAAGAAGGGCAUGGACAGGGGCAUGUACCCCACUUACUACCUCCAUCUGGAGAGAGAGGAUGGCAAGAAGGUUUUCCUUUUAGCCGGGAGGAAGAGAAAGAAGAGCAAAACAUCCAAUUACCUCAUCUCCAUCGACCCUACUGACCUAUCACGAGGCGGCGAGAGCUUUAUUGGCAAACUGAGAUCGAACCUUAUGGGUACCAAGUUUACGGUAUAUGACAGCGGUGUGAACCCAGUCAAGACCACCUCAAGCCUAGAAGCAGGGAAUCUACGACAGGAGCUUGCCGCAAUCUGCUACGAAACUAAUGUUUUAGGGUUCAAGGGGCCUCGAAAGAUGAGUGUCAUUAUUCCUGGAAUGAACAUGGACCAUGAAAGAGUCUCCAUAAGGCCUCGAAAUGACCAUGAGUCUCUACUGGCUCGAUGGCAGAACAAAAGCACUGAGAGUGUGAUAGAGCUUCACAACAAGACGCCUGUGUGGAAUGAUGAUACGCAAUCAUAUGUGCUUAACUUCCAUGGCAGGGUCACCCAAGCAUCUGUCAAAAAUUUUCAGAUCAUUCAUGACAAUGACCCGGAUUACAUUGUGAUGCAGUUUGGUCGUGUGGCAGAGGACGUCUUCACAAUGGACUACAACUACCCCAUGUGUGCCCUGCAGGCGUUUGCUAUUGCUCUGUCCAGUUUUGACAGCAAGCUAGCCUGUGAGUAACUAUCUCUCUCUGCCAGCCACAAGCUCGAAAGGACCCAGCCAGACUGCUUUACAAUCCCAAUCACUGAGUAAAGGGCUGCAGUGAACUCCAAAGCAGCAGGGUCCCUCUCUCAAGAUCCUCCUUUGGAGGGAUGAAUGCGUAUUGAGUUUGUGUCUUCUUGUGUGAAUGUGCGUGAGCAAAGUGGCAUUUCUGCUUUUUUUUAAAAAAGGGCAUCACAGUUGGGGGAAAGCACAAAGACUUCAAAGCUCAAACUGGGAAGAUUAAUAAGAAGAGGAUGCAUUCAUUUGAAUCGACAGUCAAAAAUCGCCUACUCACUUUCUUUACUUAACCGUCAAGGUAAAACUAACAUUUUGCUAAUGUUAAAAGAGGGAUCUUUUACAGUAGUACUUUUUUCCCUAAGAUUAAAAAUGAAAAUAAUUUUUCCAUGGUCAUAAUUCUAAAAGAAUUAAUGUUCACUAACCAAUCAAUUAUGAGCUUUCACAAGAAAUAUAACAUGUAGAUGUAAUAUAACAGUUUGGGUAUAUGAUUUAAUGUACUUUUGUAAAUGACUUUCAUAUGUGACAUUUCUUCAGUUAUACAUGUCACUUGUGUCAUUCAAAAUGCCAUUUAAAUAUGUAACGUAUCAAUUCAUGCUUCACAAGGACACCAAAGCCAGUAUGAAGUAUGGCAGUCUGACAUAUUUAACCAAUAUUUAUGUAUUUAUAGAUUUCCAAACCAUCUGCUGUUUGUGUCUUACCUAGUGGUGGAAAGAGUACUAAGAAAUUGUACUUGAGUAAAAGUAUUGUUACUAAGGAAUAAUUUACUUGAGUACAAGUAAAAAUACUGAAAAAUAAUAUGACUCAAGUAAAAGUAAAAAAGUAGUUUUCUGAAGAACUACUCAAGUUACUGCCUUACAAAGUACUUUAGAAUUUUUUUCUAUUUUUACCCAAAAUGAGACGAUGUGAGCGUUAUGGAGCAUCAUUACCGUUAACCCUAACACUCAUGUACUUUAAUGUCUGUUUCACAAGUGAGACCCAGGAAAUCCCUUAUAUGGACAAAUGCAUCAGAUAUCACUACAGCUGAAUAACAUGCAGAUAGAGAUGCUUUGACUGAUGAAACAUGGAAGACAAUAAACACCCAAUUGCAAUACAACGCUAAUUGACAGCUUGUAUCACAGUAAAGAUUUUUAUAAAAAAUAUUUUCUGUCUCACUGUGAUAACAAGCAACAUGGAACCAUAGAAGCCAACUGAUUUUAAACACGACUGAUGUUAUAUAGUGAUUUUGGAACAAAACAUGAUAUUAGUCUCAUAAAUUGUCAAGUUUGACGCUAUGUUAAGCAACUUUUUUAUAACUAAUUUUGAAAAGUACAUUCACAUAAGAUUAUGUAGUUGUUUUUAAGAAGGGCAAAAGCAAAGAAGGGUAAGUAAGGAUUUAAAAGAAAAGAAAGGGUUAAAAACAGUAUGAAUUGAAAUGUGCCAGUAAAAAAUAAUGUGGUUUAUGGGUAAGGUUGGGCAUUGUUUGAUUUUUUUUUUAUGAUUCCGAUUCUUAUCAAUUUCUAAUAAUUCCAAUAAGGUAAAUAAUAAUAAUAAUAAAUAAACAAAUAAAAAAUGAAAAAUCUUAGAUAUCAUUCACAUUUAUUCUAACUCUUAUGCCAAAAUAUUUCCUUGUUAGCUGAAU